AUGUCGUCUCCGAGUGCUGGCAAACGACGAAUGGAUACAGAUGUGAUAAAAUUGAUUGAAAGUAAACAUGAAGUAACAAUCACAGGUGGUAUUAAUGAAUUUGCUGUCAAAUUUCAUGGUCCAAAAGGGACUGCUUAUGAAGGAGGAGUAUGGCGUGUUCGCGUUGAUUUGCCAGAAAAGUACCCCUUCAAAUCGCCAUCCAUUGGUUUCAUGAACCGCAUUUAUCAUCCAAAUAUCGAUGAAGCAUCAGGCACUGUUUGCCUUGAUGUAAUUAAUCAAGCCUGGACUGCUUUAUACGAUCUCGCAAACAUUUUCGAAUCAUUCUUGCCUCAGUUACUAACGUAUCCUAAUCCAACAGAUCCGUUGAACGGUGAUGCUGCUGCACUAUACCUACAUAAGCCUGAAGAAUUUAAGAAAAAGUGCCGAGAAUAUGUGCUUAAAUAUGCCAGCGAAGAGGCUUUGAGGAACUGCAUCAACACGGACGAAGUUAACAAGGAACCUCAAAGCUCGUCGAGCGGAGAUGAAUCGAGUUCCACUAUAUCUGAUUUUACGGAAGACGAAACACAGGGAAUGGAACUGUAA